AUGCACGGCGGGCGCUGGAGAGCUGCGGGAGCCACGGUGAUUCCGGAACCCUCCCACACGCCAGGAAACGCCAGCACCGCGACCAGCACGGGCGCCUCGAGCUGCAACGCGUCCUUCGAGGACACCAGAGUGUUCCUGGUGAGCGUGUACAGCGCCGUGUUCGCCGUGGGGCUGCCGGCCAACUGCGUGACGGCCGGGCUCACGCUGCUGCAGGCGCUGCGGGGCAACGUGCUGGCCGUCUACCUGUUCGGCCUGGCGCUGUGCGAGCUGCUGUACAUCGGCACGCUGCCGCUCUGGGCCGUCUACAUCCAGAACCGGCACCGCUGGACGCUGGGCGUCUGGGCCUGCAGGGCGACCGGCUACAUCUUCUUCUGCAACCUGUACGUGAGCAUCCUGUUCCUGUGCUGCAUCUCCUGCGACCGCUUCCUGGCGGUGGUGUACGCGCUGGAGAGCCGCGGCCGCCGCCAGCCGCGCACGGCCGUCCUCGUGUCCGCGUCCGUGUUUGCGCUGGUCGGGCUGGCCCACAGCCCGGUGUUCAGAAUGGAAGGGGGGACGACGUGCUUCGAGGCGCCGACGGACACCGAGGUGGUGGCGUACUACUACCUGCGCUUCGCCCUGGGCUUCGCCGUCCCGCUCGCCGUCAUCGCCUUCACCAACCGGAGCAUCUUCAGGCGCAUCAGGCGGAGCGCGGGCCUGAGCGACGCCCAGAAGACGAAGGUGAGGCGCUCGGCCGUCGCGGUCGUGACCAUCUUCCUGGUCUGCUUCGCGCCGUACCACCUGGUGCUCCUCACCAAAGCCGUGGCCCAUUCCUACUACAGCGGCCGGCCGGACGUGGCACGCGACUUCGAAGCCAAGCUCUGCCGGCUCUCCGCGGUGUUCCUGUGCCUGUCCACGGUGAACAGCGUGGCCGACCCCAUCAUCUACGUGCUGGCCACGGACUGCUCACGGCAAGAAGUGUCCAGAAUCCGCAGGGGGUGGAAAAAGUGCUCCGUGAGCGCCCGCGUCCCCAAGCACACGUGUUCGAGGGGCUCAGAGGAGCUGUCGCUGCCCACGUGGCCCACAAAUCACUCCACGUGCCCCGGGACCGUCCACCCCCUGCACUCUGGGCCGGCCACAUGGAGCUCAUCACUGGACACCUUGGAGAGGCUGGAUGAAGAGUCCCACUGAGCCCGGUGUCCUGCAGGGCAGGGCGUCCGGCACGGGAGCCGGGGGGCCUGGGCCGUGGUUUCCCCACCCACUGAACUUGCCGACCAGGGUCCACGGUGCUGGCUCUAAAGUCCCCUCUGGAAAACAC